AUGAGGACGCACCUCGUACACUUCGUUGAGGAGCGCGCAAAAGCCGUUGGCCUCGUCGUCGCCAGUCCGAUCGGGAUGGCACCUGUCGACAUGCUGUCAAGACUGCGAUCUAACGCUGUGCGUCGCCCAUCCGGCUUCUGGGAUGCUUACAAUGAUUAUUGGCGUAUCUAUUAUUUGGAGAACUGGAAGAAACCCAGACGACCUGAGAUUUCGCGGUGGUAUCAAGAAAACAGCUCGACAACAUGGCCAGACGACGACCGUCCAAGUCUGGAGGAUGUUUUUGAACACGGCAAGGGCCUGCGCAUAACGGAAGACAUGCGCAAGUCCCUCAAUGCGUAUAGCCUCCGGAAGCGGCCAGGGCAAGGAGCGCCAGGAUUACUGCCAGGAUCCAGGGACGCGGAAGGUGAUCUAAGUCCCACCGAUCGACUGGACACCGAGAAGGACAACACGUCUGACGAUGUGCCACAUCCGCGUGUUGUUAAAAAGCGCCCAGCGCCAUCUACGAGCCCGAGGUCCAAACGCAGGCGGCUUUGCGAAGACAAGAGUUACACAGAUGGUGGGAGCUGCACCGUUUACGAUGAUACCACUUGCCGGAACAUCGUCGCUCCGAAGGCCGAAGCUCUCGAUGCUGGCAACAUGAAGCGUGAUGGUAUCAGGCAACCCCUGCCAGUUCCCGCGGCUGGACUGAAGGUGGCGGAAGGUGCAUCUGAGCCAACCUCGGCAGCUACCACCUCUGCUACGAUCUCCCCGCGCCCAACCAUCCCAACCAGCGACCGUGACCUAGUUGCGACCCAGAGCACGUCCGGAGGCGGCCAACUUGGGUCAUCCGCAGCAGACGGCAAACUCGUCAUGCAGGGUCACCAUGAGGGAGUCAGCUCCCUCCCUGCUGACGCAGCGGCACAUCCAUCGGAGACCACGUGUGCACAAAACGAACCCUCUCCGCUUGGGCCAUGCGCACACGGCACGUCUCUCCCUGUGGCUUCUGGAACCGACAAGUCAUUGGUCUCGACAACGACUUGCCAACGCACAGCGCCCCUGUCGCCUGCCCGCCGACCGGUUACCAGGAGCUCAGAUAUAAACGGUGGCGGACUAGCGCCGCUGGGAUUGCUAGAUACUAACGCAGGUGUGGCAUCAAGGUUUAGCAGUAGCAGCAGCUGCAGUUCCGCCGCCUACGGCUCUGGUUGGGCUCAUGGUGCUGAGAACACGCUGCAGUUGCCGAAAGAAAUCUGCACUGACAGCGGAGUGAGCGGGUCCAGUGGCGGCAAGGCCGACAAGCAGCAACUCGUCGCCUGCGUCUUGGGAGUGCGCAAGCCCGCACAGCAGCAGCAUCAGGGGCAGAGUCAGGACAAGAAGCGCACGUUAUUACAUAAAGACGCCAUGAAGCACGGCUCGCAGGGUUCCCUGGCAGAACACCAGCAUCAGCACUGUUCGAGCGAGAACGAGCUGCCCUCACGGCCUCCACGCCCACAACGGCAAUGCCUGGCACUGCGACCGGUGCAGCUAUCGACGGCGCCGGCUGCACAAAUAGUAGCGGAGUUGGGACCGCUCAAUGUCCGACCACCGCAAUAUGCCACAAUUACCGAUAUGAGCGGACCCACUGCACAGACCGGCGAGAUAGCAGCGCUUAUGCUGCCCCAGACCUCACAGAUGAGCACACAAAGUUGGCCAGUGCUUCCCGCCCAUUCGUUUCCGCGACUGUUGGGUGCCUCCACUGUGGAGGGAGCGCUCCAGAGUACGAUUGUGGGGUCCUUCCUGUCACAGGCUAUAGUCGGCCAGUCGCGCCCUAUGAGCUUGGAUGGUCUGGCUGCGCACGAUAUACAAUUUCAGUAUGGCGUUCGUCCGUUGGAGGAAAGCACGAGUACCCAACUCUCUGUUGACAAACACAGCAGAACCUGUGGCGCUGGCGGAGCAUUGUGCGGCCCUGCGGAAGCGAGCAGCAGCGGCAACAGCAUGUAUACAUCUUCCUUGGGGCUUGGGGCUGAUAUGCGUGGCACGGCGACGCAGUCCGUAUACGGGGGAUACGGCAGCUUCUACGGCACAGAUUACAGCCCUGACGUUUCCUGUGGCAUUGGUACCUCUGGGCAACCUUCCUACCAGUACCAGCACCAAGUAUGCGACGGCUUAGCCGCGAGUGAACGGCCGCAGUACGGUAUAACCGUGGCAGAGCAGUCGUUGCGGCCGUGGAACGUGUCAUCUUACUAUCACUACGGGCCUGCGGCCCUGACAUGUCCGGACUUGCCGCAGUCGUUUCGCUACCCCCUUGGCGCCCCUGUUCUACCGCUGAGUCAGCCUUCGCCACAUCAGCUCACGUACCACCAGGUUCGGAUCGCGCAGGAGACAAGCAAUUUCCUGUCCCCAUCAGCAGAUCUAUACCCACACGGGACGCAGCAGCAGCACUUGCAGCAGCACCAAAGGGCUAUCGCAUCCACCGGUAACCAGUACGCAGUCCCUCUUGUGCCUAGCUUACAGGCCGCAGGCUACCGGCAAACGUCCUCAUCCACCUCAGGAGGAGAAAACCUGGCCGUGCAGCCAAACUCGCUUCCAGGAGUGUGCAUUUCAGUUCCAGCGUCUCCAACCGCAGCAGUAUCGGAUUCCAGUGUCGACCACAGCGGUACUCAGGUGCCGCCGCGCCAACUUGCUGAUCAAAAAGCAUUGUAUCUCAGCGCAUACUACCGCCCGGCACAUCGCGACUACGAGGCACUCCAGGAUGAUGAACUUGAAAAUUAUUACAAGUCCAUCAUCUCUAACCCAGACCCUGAGGUGACGACUCCGGAAGCCGGGGACCUCAUGUAUGCCACGGGCGCGUAUAGCGAACAACCACUGCUGGGCCCGUCGGCGGAAUGGGCGGAUGGGGUGAUGGACACGACCUGGCUUCUGGACGGCUUGGACGGUAUCGAUGACGUCACCGCCGACGUGGCGGCAGCUUGGGCGGAUGUGCCAGGGGAUAUGGGAGACGAGUCACUGCAGGGCGUGGCGGAUGCUUUUGGUGUAGAUCAAUUGCAAAAGCAUUUUGGGACAGUUCCGUCGCCACCACAGCUGUUAGAUGUUGCUGGCUGUUGCGUUGGAGGCACUAUAUGUGCACGAUACCUACCCUAUGCUACUUAA